UCAAAAAUGGCGGCACAGUGCGACCGGAGUUGGAAAACUGGUAACGAGUGCAUCGAAACGAGGCAUCAAAGGCCUGAUCAAAACAAAUAUCUUUCACGUGUAGCGCGAUCAACUUGUCAAAGUUUGGAAGUUUUAUUAGUACAUCCUUCAUAACGCUUCGAAUUUGAAAAAAUCCACGCUGAAAAACUGAAUCACAAUGUGAACAACUCAAGAUUUCGAUUGAUUGGGAAAUGGUGAUUAUUUCAGGGCAAAUUUUUUCGUCGAAACAAUGCCUACGCACUGCUGUGUUCCCGGCUGCACCAAGAAAGGCUAUCUUGAAGAGGGUAAAAAAAUUUCUUAUUUUAUUUUCCCUACUGAUAAAUCUCUACGAAAACAGUGGAGUCAUGCAAUCAGGAGAGAUGAAGGGAAAAACUUUCAGAUAAGUAAAUCCACUAAGGUAUGCUCGAGGCAUUUUAAAACGGAGGACUUUCAGAGAUCGCUAGGUGGAAGUAAGAUAAAUCUCAAACCUGGAGUCGUUCCUUCAGUAUUUUCGUGGCGCACGUCUCCUCGUAAACGAAAGCCCCCGCCAUUCAGACAUUUAGUAGCAACAGGUUUUGACGAUAUCUCAGAGGCUGUUAGCGAGAAUGAAGAUAAUUUGGAAUCGAUUGAACAGCCACCAUACCAAGAAAUAUCAACUCAAACGGACGAGACUUCGGUCAUUGAAAAUACAACUCAGACUGAAGACAAAGUAUUCGAAGACAAAGAAUCUCAAACAGAACAUAACGAUUUAAUUGAAAUAAUGGAAAAAGAGAUUGCUGGUUUGAAAGCCGAGAUUGUUAAACUUAUGAAACAGACUGAUGCACUGAAAGCUAAACUAUUCAAUGUUGAUGGAUUUCGUUCCAACUCAUCGUCGAUCAGCUUUUACACCGGAUUUCCUGACUUUGAGGUGUUUAAAACAGUAUUUGACUUCCUUGAUCCUGGCGAAUAUGGUCAAAACAUUAGGUACUGGACAUCUUUAAAUACCAAGGAACCUUUACUUGAUAUUUACGACAACGAACACUACAGUAAAUCAGAAAAAGGACGACCAAGAGCUCUUAAGGCAAUUGAUGAGUUUUUCUUAGUGAUGUGUCGUCUAAGACAAGGCUUUGCUGAAGAGCACCUGAGUAAUCAGUUCCAUAUUUCAUUAUCAACAGUGAGCCGAGUUGUUAUGUCGUGGGUCAAUUUUAUGUACCUUAAAUUUGCUCAGAUUAAUAUAUGGCCCUCAAGAACAGUAAUUGACAACACCAUGCCAGAAGGUUUUAAAGCAAAAUACUCAGCAACAAGGGUUAUUAUUGACUGCAAUGAGGUACGCUGCCAAAUGCCAAGCAGUUUACAGCUUAAUGGGGAACUAUUUAACAAUUACAAAAAUCACACAACACUGAAAGGUUUAAUUGGCAUCUCUAUGAAGGCCCAUACUGGUCAAAAUUACACUCUCAAUAAAUGGUAUUGCCUGAACUGUUUUUUCAUGCUACUAUCAUGUUUUAGUGCAUCUGUGUCGCUUUCUUGUUUGUAUUAAUAUUUGAUUUUUUGUGUAUCAUGCAAGAA